AUGUCCAGGUUUUCAGAGAUUUAUGCUCACCUUGCUGAGAACUCCAUCGAACAUAUCCUUCAAGACUUCCGAGAAUUUCUCACUCAGAAAGAUUACAAAACUGGUAUCGGAUCUUUCUUCACCGAUCUCAUCAAUUACACAUCUCUUAUAACUGAUAUUGAUAACAUGUAUGAACUCUAUCGAAGAUUUAUUGUCAUUACGCAGCGUAUUUUUAAGGAUCAAAUUGAUCUCAACGUAUUUGAUGAGCUUAAAGACGCUAUUAUGAUGGGGUUUAAGGAGCACGAUAUCUUACGCAUUGCUAUAAAAAUCGCGAAAAUUCAUUCACCUGGUGAUUGUGGAGCUCAAUUUUGUAAGGUGACACCAUUGCAGAAGAAUGUGAGCGACCAUAUCUGCGCGGAGAGUCCUGUAGGUGUGAAAGGGUUUGACGACGAGACUGUUGAAAUUACAGAAGCACUGAGAGAUGAUCUUCACGGUAAUGUUAUAACUGGGUUCACAAAUUUCUGGGAAGUGUUUUUUGAGGGAAAAAAUUGGUCGAGUCAAACUUCACGUAUCUGGGAAUGUUAUCAACAGUAUGAACUACAGAAUCAAAAAAAUUUGAAAGAAUAUGUCCACAAAGCGACUUGUUUGAAAGAAGACAUGACAAAGAAACAAUUGUGUGAAUGGCUAGUUUUUUUCAGAGAGAAAUUUCUGUCACAGCUCGUAGAUCCAUUCGCGGAUCCAUUGGAAAAGUAUCCACGUCUUAUCAGGGAAAAGAAAGGCUCCCAGCUUCGCGGGCAAUAUUGUUGUACAACGGCCAAAAAACAGAUGAAAGAUACCAGGAGUGUUCGGCAAGUUGACUUCCUCGUUAAAAGCGUCGAAUUAAGUAACAUUGGGCCCCACGAUUGGAAAGACGUCAGAGCACUGGCUGAAUUUACAAGAAGGCCUUCCCGAAAACAAAGGACAGAAAAAUUUCUCCAACUUUCUAGACAUGUUCGGAACCUGUAUUCUACACAGCCAUUGCGAUCCCUUGUUCAUGGAUUCUGCUUGUUCAAAAAGGAUUUCGAGCUGUGGGUAUUUCAUCGCUCGGGCGCGUACAGCUCGGGUCUAUUAAGUAUUAUCGGUGAAAAAGAAAAGUUUAUUCGAGCGAUCUCCUCGUACGCACUCAUGAGUGAUCAGGAACUCGGUCUUGAUACAACUAUCAAACAUAUCAAUGGACGAUUUUUUGUGAGAGUGGAAGAUAAAAAACUUCAAGAGAAAAUGGAAUUGGAAAUUAACCCUGUUCCAAUUUUCAAGAGUGGUAAGCUAGCUGCUCGUGGUACUACUUGCUACGAAACAGUGGACAAAUUGUCAGUGGUUAAAUACUCAUGGAAUAGAACUCCUGGAAAAUCAGAGAUAAAGUUUCUCAAGCGCGCGCGUGGAGUCAAAGGUGUGAUCAAAUAUGUUGCGUCAGAUAAAAUCUGUAAGAUAAGCGAUCAUUUAGAUCAGCUAGAUUUUAUUGGUGCAAGAGAAUGGAAUAUGUACGGUAAAGAUAAUUAUAUUUCCAAGGUCGUAAAUAACGAGAGAUCGACUAUGACUUCCUGUUUGAGAGAUCGCGAGCUUACUAGACUGAUUAUGGCCCCACGUGGUCGUAGUCUUCGCUCUAGUCAAUCAAUAUUAGAGUUUCUGAUAGGCAUAAGAGAUGCAAUUGCAGGGCAUCGACGCCUUUAUUGUAAAAAGAAGAUUCUCCACGGGGAUAUUUCUGACAAUAACAUUAUUUUGACCAAUUUCAGAGAUACGUUGGAAGGGCAAUUGAUAGAUUUGGAUCAAUCUAUUGACGUCAAACAAACUCCAGACGUAGGUGGAGAAAAGUUCCUGAUAGGCACAAUGAUGUUCAUGGCUAUUGAACGACUUGAACAUGCUGCAAAAGACAGGAUCUACAUUAACCGCACAUAUCGUCAUGACCUGGAAUCUUUUUUUUACGUUUUCAUUGUAGGGUGUGUGGCUUAUGAACGCGACGAGAAAUCGCGCGAGGUUGCAAAUAUCCACUACUGGUCCGAGAGGGAUGUCUAUGAAAACUUUGUUCACAAGAGGUCUUACAUGCAGAAUUUUGAACUCGAAAUUCUCAACCAGUUCUCGCCCAGUUUUGUUGACUUGAAGGACUUGGCUAAGGAACUGCAUAAGCUGUUGUUCGGAAAGCUCGUAAAAUACUUUGGUACCCCUGUCGAUCACGAGCCUUUGUACGAUGGCAUGAUAAAAGCAUUCAACAAAAUCAUUGAUCAUAUUAAAGGUAAGAUAUAUUUUGAAGUUGAUAAUAAUAUCUGUUCCCUUAGAUCAGAGUCUUACUGA